AUGCGCGCCGUCGAUCUGGUUAUGUCGGGCACCAAGCCCUGCCGCGGGCUCACUCUCCUCUUCCAGGCCAGCGUGUCCGCGUACCACGUCUGCAACCUCUCCACCGGAGAGCACGUCUCCCUGCCCCGCUGCCCAUGGGCUAGGAGAGUGACCGCUGACGGUCCCAACGUGCUCUCGAGCACCGGGCUCGGCUUCGACCCGGCGGCCAACGAGCACAAGGUGGUCAGGCUCUUCGAGGACCGGAAUAAGCAGCCGCACUGCGAGGUGUACGGCCAGAGCCUGCCCCAGCCGAUGAGGGACGCCUUGCGCGCUGGGUUCCGCAUGCUCCCGCUCGGCUCCUCGCCCGGAGGAGAAAUCCUUCUCGCCACGAGCCGCCACGAGGUGUACGCCUACGACCCUGAGAGCAACCGUGUUCACAAGGCGUUCUCCACGAACGACUUCAUAGACACCCUGACGCGCGAGUCGGAGCUGCUCCUCAACAUCGCCAUACAAGAGGAAUGGGUCACCCCGUCUGCCGCCGCCCUGGGGCCUGUGAUGAUGUGGGCAGGCUGA